AUGAAUAAAUCAAACAAAAAAGUAGAAAAAAAAAAUAAAAAUAUAGAUGUGAAGAAAAAAACAAUCUCAAAUAAUGAAUCAAACAAAAUAAAAGAUAUAAAUAAAAAAGAAAUAAUGGAAAAUGUAAUUAAGGAAAAAAAUGAACAAAUUAUAAAUACCAAUGAAAAAGAAGCAAAUAACGCAAUUCAAAAUUCUGUUGAAAAAAAAGAAGAUGAAAACAUGAAUGAUGAGGUUAAAAAAAGUGGAGGUGUUAAUUUAGAUAAUAAUAAUAAGAAAAAUGUGAAUAACAUUAAUAAUAAUAAAAAUACAAAAAAUUCCAAGAGUGAUAAAAGUAAAAAAAAUAAUAAUAUUAAUGAUGAUAAAAACAAAUCUAAUAAAAAGAAUAAAAACAAAAAAAAAAUAGAUAAAUUAGAUUUAAUAUUAAGUGAAUUUAAGAAUGAAAUAAAUGUAAAUGACAUUCAAAAAAAUGAAGAAAAAGAAGAAAAAGUGGAAAAAAAUGAAAAAAAAGAAGAUAAAGAGGAUUAUGAUAUAGAAAAAAUAAAAAAAAACAUAGUAUUAAAAGAAAAUUUUAUAGAGGAGCAAAAUAAUAGUCAUAUAAGAUUGUUAAAAAAUUGGCCACAAGUUGAAAAAAGUUUCCAAACUAAUCCGCCAACAGUACCAAUUGAGUUAUUAUUUCAAAACCAAAAUUAUCCUGUUGGUGAAAUAUUAGAUUAUAAGUAUGUAUUAAGUGGAAAAUCAUUACAAGAAAAAAAGGAAAGAGAAAAAAUAAGUAUGGAUUAUUAUGAAGAUUUAAGAAAAGCUGCAGAGUGUCAUAGGCAGGUUAGAAAAUAUAUUCAAACAUAUAUUCAACCAGGAAAAAAAAUGAUAGACAUUGUUCAAGCAACAGAGAGAAAAACAAAAGAAUUAAUUUUAGCACAAAAAUUAAAAUGUGGUUGGGGAUUUCCCACAGGUUGUUCUUUAAAUCAUUGUGCGGCACAUUAUACACCAAAUUAUGGAGAUGAAACUGUUUUAAAAUAUGAUGAUGUAUGUAAGCUAGAUUUCGGAGUACAUGUUAAUGGAUAUAUAAUUGAUUGUGCUUUUACAAUAGCAUUUAACGAAAAAUAUGAUAAUCUUAUUAAAGCUACUCAGGAUGGAACAAACACAGGUAUAAAAGAAGCAGGAAUAGAUGCAAGAAUGUGUGACAUUGGAGAAGCUAUUCAAGAAGCUAUAGAAUCGUAUGAAAUAGAAUUGAAUCAAAAAAUUUAUCCGAUUAAAGCUAUUAGCAACUUAAGAGGUCAUUCCAUUAAUAAAUAUAUAAUACAUGGAGGAAAAUGUGUACCUAUUGUUAAGCAGAAAGAGAAAAAUGAAAUUAUGGAAGAAGGUGAAUUAUUUGCUAUUGAAACUUUUGCAUCAACUGGGAAAGGUUAUGUUACUCACGAAAAUGAAUGUUCUCAUUAUAUGAGAAAUCCAGACAAGCAAUUUGUUCCUAUUAGGUUGAACUCAGCUAAAUCUUUAUUAAAAGUUAUUAAUGAUAAUUUUGAUACAUUACCUUUCUGUCGUAGAUGGCUAGAUGACUUAGGACAAACAAGACAUUUUAUGGCUUUAAAAACUUUAGUAGAUUUAAAUAUUGUUGAACCUUAUCCCCCUUUAUGUGAUAUAAAAAAUUCAUAUACUUCUCAAAUGGAGCACACUAUUUUGUUACGACCUACAUGUAAAGAAGUUUUAUCAAGAGGACCUGAUUUUUAA